AUGGUCGUUCCUUCGGUCGUGUACAGUUCGGUUGUCGGACUCUCACUCGUCGAAGGCAUCCAAGUGGUCGUCGGCAUUGUGGACGAAGAGGUUCCGAUGGUCGUUCCUUCUGUCGUGUGCAGUUCGGUCGUCGGAUUCUCACUCGUCGAAGGCAUCCAAGUGGUCGUCGGCAUUGUGGAUGAAGAGGUUCCGAUGGCCGUUCCUUCGGUUGUGUGCAGUUCGGUCGUCGGAUUCUCACUCGUCGAAGGCAUCCAAGUGGUCGUCGGCAUUGUGGAUGAAGAGGUUCCGAUGGUCGUUCCUUCUGUCGUGUGCAGUUCGGUCGUCGGAUUCUCACUCGUCGAAGGCAUCCAAGUGGUCGUCGACAUUCUGGAUGAAGGUACAAUCGUCGAACUCGGCCGACCCGUGGUCUCAGAUGUUCCGAUAGUCGUUCCUUCGGUCGUGUACAGUUCGGUUGUCGGACUCUCACUCGUCGAAAGCAUCGAAGUGGUCGUCGGCAUUGUGGACGAAGACGUUCCGAUGGUCGUUCCUUCUGUCGUGUGCAGUUCGGUCGUCGGAUUCUCACUCGUCGAAGGCAUCCAAGUGGUCGUCGGCAUUGUGGAUGAAGAGGUUCCGAUGGUCGUUCCUUCGGUUGUGUGCAGUUCGGUCGUCGGAUUCUCACUCGUCGAAGGCAUCCAAGUGGUCGUCGGCAUUGUGGAUGAAGAGGUUCCGAUAGUCGUUCCUUCGGUCGUGUACAGUUCGGUUGUCGGAUUCUCACUCGUCGAAGGCAUCCAAGUGGUCGUCGGCCUUGUGGAUGAAGAGGUUCCGAUAGUCGUUCCUUCGGUCGUGUGCAGUUCGGUUGUCGGACUCUCACUCGUCGAAGGCAUCCAAGUGGUCGGCGUCAUUGUGGACGAAGACGUUCCGAUGGUCGUUCCUUCUGUCGUGUGCAGUUCGGUCGUCGGAUUCUCACUCGUCGAAGGCAUCCAAGUGGUCGUCGGCAUUGUGGAUGAAGAGGUUCCGAUGGUCGUUCCUUCGGUUGUGUGCAGUUCGGUCGUCGGAUUCUCACUCGUCGAAGGCAUCCAAGUGGUCGUCGGCAUUGUGGAUGAAGACGUUCCGAUGGUCGUUCCUUCUGUCGUGUGCAGUUCGGUCGUUGGAUUCUCACUCGUCGAAGGCAUCCAAGUGGUCGUCGGCAUUGUGGAUGAAGAGGUUCCGAUGGUCGUUCCUUCGGUUGUGUGCAGUUCGGUCGUCGGAUUCUCACUCGUCGAAGGCAUCCAAGUGGUCGUCGGCAUUGUGGAUGAAGAGGUUCCGAUAGUCGUUCCUUCGGUCGUGUACAGUUCGGUUGUCGGAUUCUCACUCGUCGACGGCAUCCAAGUGGUCGUCGACAUUGUGGAUGUUCCGAUAGUCGUUCCUUCGGUCGUGUACAGUUCGGUUGUCGGACUCUCACUCGUCGAAGGCAUCCAAGUGGUCGGCGUCAUUGUGGACGAAGACGUUCCGAUGGUCGUUCCUUCUGUCGUGUGCAGUUCGGUCGUCGGAUUCUCACUCGUCGAAGGCAUCCAAGUGGUCGUCGGCAUUGUGGAUGAAGAGGUUCCGAUGGCCGUUCCUUCGGUUGUGUGCAGUUCGGUCGUCGGAUUCUCACUCGUCGAAGGCAUCCAAGUGGUCGUCGGCAUUGUGGAUGAAGAGGUUCCGAUGGUCGUUCCUUCGGUUGUGUGCAGUUCGGUCGUCGGAUUCUCACUCGUCGAAGGCAUCCAAGUGGUCGUCGGCAUUGUGGAUGAAGAGGUUCCGAUAGUCGUUCCUUCGGUCGUGUACAGUUCGGUUGUCGGAUUCUCACUCGUCGAAGGCAUCCAAGUGGUCGUCGGCAUUGUGGACAAAGAGGUUCCGAUGGUCGUACCUUCUGUCGUGUACAUUUCGGUUGUCGGAUUCUCACUCGUCGAAGGCAUCCAAGUGGUCGUCGGCAUUGUGGACAAAGAGGUUCCGAUGGUCGUACCUUCUGUCGUGUACAUUUCGGUUGUCGGAUUCUCACUCGUCGAAGGCAUCCAAGUGGUCGUUGGCAUUGUGGAUGAAGAGGUUCCGAUGGUCGUUCCUUCGGUUGUGUGCAGUUCGGUCGUCGGAUUCUCACUCGUCGAAGGCAUCCAAGUGGUCGUCGGCCUUGUGGAUGAAGAGGUUCCGAUGGUCGUUCCUUCUGUCGUGUGCAGUUCGGUCGUCGGAUUCUCACUCGUCGAAGGCAUGAACGUGGUCGUUACCGAUCCUAAAGAGGAAUACUCCAAUUUAUUAUGGGAAGAUGAAAGGGGAGGUUACGUGAAGCAUGCUGCCGGAAUCAUGGGAAUGGCGCUUGGAUGCCGGGUGCACGAUGAGAAACAAGAAUUUCCUGUGGCGAACUGCAGAAUCUUUGUGACGACG